AUGACUAUUAUAGGCUGCACACUCUGGUCCUCAAAACCAAGGGACGCGUACGAUAUUGUACAGUCAAAGAUCAACGAUUUCAAGAAGAUUGACGAUUGGAACCUACAAAAACACGACGAGAUCCAUCAGGUCGAGGCUGCUUGGCUACGUGAGCAAAUCAUCACUCUUCUUGCAAAGGAAGGAGGACAGAAGCCUAGAGAAAUAUUAGUGGCGACGCACCAUGCACCGUGUGUAGCAGGCACUUCUCAUCCCGAUCAUAGCAGCAAUACGGGGACGGUGGCAUUCGCUACCGACCUCAUUACCCAAGAUGGUGCGCAAGAUGGCUUGGACCAUGUCAAAGUCUGGGCUUUUGGCCACACGCAUUAUUCCACCGACACGGUACGAAACGGUAUUCGGCUAGUCUCUAAUCAACGUGGCUAUGUGAUUCCCGGAAGUACCACUCCGAGAGCUGAGCAUCGGGAUGCGGGCGUUGGUUCUGGUUCUCGCAACUUUGAUAUUACCAUGACGGUUCCUUUGUAG